AUCGAUUGGUGUAAAUUUUUAUUUUUAAUAAUUAAUAUUUUUAUUUUUGAUCCUCUAAACCAACGCCCGAGUUGGUUGUUAGCUUUUGACUUAUCAUAAUUUUUAUAUUGAUGAUAAAAAAGAAAAUCAUUUCAUUUCUUUUUUCAAAUAUAUGGCCAUGUCUAAAUUUUUCUACAAAAUCUAAUAGUCUUAAAAAUACCUUUACUCCCCGUUCAAAUAAAAAAGAAAAAAAAAACCUUUACUCACGGAGAAGGCCUCUCUUCCAAUGAAUCACAAAGUCAACAUUAAUUUUGUGGUAUGAAAAGGAGGAAAUAAAGUUUGUUUAUAUCAUUAUCAGGUGAAGAAAUUACGAAAUAUAUCCCUUUUUUUAUUUUAAGAGUAUAAUUUGAGAUAUAUAAGAACAACAUAUUAAGGGUGAGGCGGCCAAAAAAAUAACACAAAAUUCGAACUAUAUUAUAGGAUAGUGUACAAGUACAACUACCAAAAUCUCCUACGAAAUUCCGUACUCUUUAUUUCAUCAAAUUCGUCUAUCUUGUGUUUCAAAAAAGAAAAGUCGUCUAUAUUACUACGGGCCCACCUUUAACGCGUUACAAAAUGCUGAUGUGAUGGGCCUAUUAUCUUAGAUUCAGUCCACCAGGCCCACUCAAAAAAUAGCAAAGUAAAAAUGGAUAAAAUUAGAAAAAUAAAAAUUAAAAAACCUAAAAAUUGACGCCACGCCUCACAGAGACAAAGACUCGAAGUCUCAAACCAUUCUCAUUUCCCACAAUCUCACUUGGUCCCUUCCUUACCCACUGCAACUCACUUUAUUUUUAUUUUUAUUUUUCCGGCUUUAUUAUUCAUUUAUUUUAUUUUUUUGUACUCGUAAUAAAUAUAACCACGCUAAUUUUCUGUCCAAUUAUUUUUACUUCCAUUUUUGUAAAUUGAUUUAUAUAUAUAUAUAUAUGCUGCUAUGAAGUGAGAGAAAAUUAUCUGUUUCUCUCUCAUCAAGCAAUCGUCAAUGGCGUCGGGAAACUCCGAGAGAGUGGAGCUUGCGAAGCUCUGUAGCUCUCGGAACUGGUCUAAGGCUAUUCGCAUUCUUGAUUCUCUCCUUGCUCGUUCUUCCACCAUUCAAGACCUCUGCAAUCGAGCGUUUUGUUACAGUCAAUUGGAGCUCCAUAAGCAUGUGAUUAAGGAUUGCGAUCGUGCGCUUGAGCUUGAUCCUUGUCUUCUUCAAGCUUACAUUCUUAAAGGUCAUGCUUGUUCUGCCUUGGGAAGGAAAGAUAAUGCUGUGUUAGUCUGGAAGCAAGGCUAUGGCAUUGCUGUUAAUCAGUCAACAGAUUUGAAACAAUUACUAGAAUUAGAAGAACUUCUUGAAAAGGAAAAUGCAAAUGGAAAUAAUCAAGAAGAGCAUAGUAAUGGGUCAUCUGCACCAUUGUCAGUGUCGGAAGGAAAUGGUAUAUGUGAACCUGCUAAGGACCCUAAUAAGUUGAGAGAUGACUCUGAAAAGAGCAGUGAAUCUGACCAUAUGUCUGAGGUGCAAAGCAAAUUGGUUCCCGAGUCUCAUGGGAAAAAUGGGACAGUGGAGAAAAUGAAGGAAGCAAAGAAAUUUGAAAGCAAACCGAACGGUACUUACAAAAAAUUGAGUAGUGAGUUGGAAUCCCUCAACAAACCUAGUGAGGAACCGCGCAAUAAAAGUACUACUUCUAAGGUUUCAAUUAAGUUGAAUUGUAAGAAUUCUGAAGAAUUUGAGCGUAGCGACAUUGUCAAGAAGAACCAGAAAGUUUGUGUUGCUCGAAUUUCAAAAACGAAAUCUAUAAGCCUAGAUUUUCGGUUGUCAAGAGGGAUAGCAGAGGUUAAUGAGGGAAGAUACACAUAUGCGAUAUCAAUUUUUGACCAGAUACUGAAAGAGGAUCCAAACUACCCUGAGGCGUUGAUAGGAAGAGGGACAGCAUAUGCUUUCCAACGAGAACUUGAUGCAGCAAUUGCGGAUUUUACUAAGGCUAUAGAAACAAACCCGUCUGCUGGCGAGGCAUGGAAACGUAGAGGACAAGCUCGAGCUGCUUUAGGAGACUCUGCUGGGGCUAUUGAUGACUUGUCCAAGGCAUUGGAGUUUGAGCCCAAUUCUGCUGACAUACUGCAUGAGAGGGGUAUUGUUAAUUUCAAGUUUAAGGAUUUUGGUUCAGCUGUGAAAGACCUUUCUACGUGUGUCAAGCUUGAUAAGGGCAAUAAAUCUGCAUACACUUAUUUGGGUCUGUCCUUAUCAUCAAUUGGUGAGUACAAGAGAGCAGAGGAGUCGCAUAUGAAAGCACUCCAAUUUGACCGUGAAUUUCUUGAGGCUUGGACUCAUCUAACUCAGCUUUAUCAAGAUUUGGCAAAUACAGCUAAGGCUUUUGAAUGCCUUACACGAGCUCUAGAGAUUGAUGUGGGGUAUGCAAAAGCAUAUUACUUGCGUGGAUUGCUUCAUCAUGGAAUGGGAGAUCACAGGAAUUCCAUAAAGGAUAUAUCCAAGGCGCUGAAUAUCGAGAGCUCAAAUGUAGAGUGUCUGUAUUUAAGAGCAUCCUGUCACCAUGCCCUAGGACAAUUCAAAGAAGCGGUCAAAGACUAUGAUGCUGCUUUAGAUUUGGAAUUAGACUCUAUGGAAAAAUUUGUGCUUCAGUGCCUUGCAUUUUACCAGCAGAAGGAACUGGCUCUGUAUACAGCAUCAAAACUAAACAGUGAGUUUUGCUGGUUUGACAUUGAUGGUGACAUCGAUCCCCUCUUUAAGGAAUACUGGUGCAAAAGAUUGCACCCCAAGGAUGUAUGUGAAAAGGUCUAUAGGCAACCUACAUUGCGGGACUCCCUGAAAAAAAGUAAACUCAGGAAGCAAGAUUUGGCUAUGACAAAGCAGAAGACUGCUCUUAUUCAUGCUGCAGAUUUCAUUGGACAGAAGAUUCAAUACAAUGCUACAGGCUUCUUGCCCAAUAGGCGUCAGCAUCGUAUGGCGGGAUUGGCUGCUAUUGAAAUAGCCCAAAGAGUUUCAAGGGCCUGGCGAGCUUUGCAGACAGAAUUGAAGAAUACUGGUAAAAAUACUGGUAAACAUGGCAGGAGAGCUCGGAAAAGGGAAACUGUAAAUAUGCCCAGUCAGAACAGGGGUGGUCCUUGUUGCAGUACUAGUAGUUCAUCAGACACUUCAACUUCACAUGGCAUUUUAGAAGACAGGCCAUCUGCCCGAGUGAUGAUGUCAUGGCAAGAUGUGUAUUCCUUGGCUGUAAAGUGGAGACAAAUCUCAGAACCUUGUGAUCCUGUUGUGUGGAUCAACAAGUUGAGUGAAGAGUUUAAUGCUGGUUUUGGGUCUCAUACUCCAAUCAUUCUAGGACAAGCAAGAGUUGUCCGCUAUUUCCCUAACUUUCACAGAACACUAAAUGCUGCCAAGGCUGCAAUAAAGGAAAAGAAGCAUGCAUGCAGUAAGGCUGAUGCUGUUAUCAACUUAUCUGAUGACAGCAAGUUGCAAAAUAUUAUGCUUGCUGAUUCCUGCUCUGAUCUACACAAAGCUGUUGGUGAGGACUUCUGGGUGUCUACUUGGUGCGACAGUAUGGCAUUUGAGGGAAAGCAGUUGGAGGGGACAAGAAUCACCCUUUUGAAAUCGGGAGAACGUGGAUAUGAUUUUGCAAUAAGAACACCCUGUACACCUUCUAGGUGGAAUGAGUUUGAUGCUGAAAUGGCAAUGGCAUGGGAGGCUUUGUGCAAUGCAUAUUGUGGCGAGGCUUAUGGUUCUACUGAUUUCAAUGCCCUUGAAAAUGUCAGAGAUGCAAUUUUAAGGAUGACAUACUACUGGUAUAAUUUCAUGCCACUUUCCAGAGGUUCUGCUGUGGUUGGAUUUGUAGUUUUGCUGGGAUUGUGUCUUGCAGCAAAUAUGGAGUUCUCGGGAAGUAUUCCAGAAGGAAUGCUAGUUGACUGGGAAGCUAUUCUUACUUUCGAUCCUGACUCCUUUGUGGAAUCUGUGAAGAAAUGGCUGUAUCCUAAUCUUAAGGCGACAACAUCUUGGAAAGAAUACCCAGAUGUUGCAUCAACCCUUUCAACUACUGGGUCUGUCAUAGCUUCUCUCAGCACUUACAAUAACUGAUAUCUUCAAAUUUGUGAAGAGUGAAAAUGCUGCUGUAGCAUGGAUCCGUAUGAUGGCAAAAGGAGCCGUGGUUGAGAUCGAUGUAAAACAGACCACAGUUAUCUUAUUUAUUUAAACUGUUGUAUGUUGUACAUUAGUUUUUUUUUUUUUUUUUUUUUUCCAUAUUUGAUAUGUUCUUUUCUCAGUUGCACCAUUUUCCCAAUAAAUUUUGUAUUUUUUCUGUAGGGGAUAGUGAUAGUUUGAUUCUGUGUGGGAUGUUCAAUUCCUCCAACUUUCUAAACUCUUGUACUCCGUAUCUUUUAGCUGAUUGCAUAUAUGCUUUGUAUAUUAAAUUGAAUUUGUUUUUAAA